UUAUUUUCCGUUGAUGUUCAAAAAACAUGAUUACUUUAAAAUUAUUAAUUACCUAAUCUAUUUUUGAAUUUUGAUAAUUUUAUCAAGUUAUUCUAUUAAUUUAUAUCUACAAGACACAAGUUACAACCGUGAUUUAUUUUCAUCUACUAACUAUUGUGUAGAUAUUAUUUUCAUGUUUCCAAUACUAUGAGCAUAGGCGCAAUUUCGAUAAAAAAGUGCUUGAGCUCUGCAUUUUCUGGGCAUUUAAAUUAAAAUAUAAGUAUGAGGGACAUAUGAUCUGAUAUAUUAUAUACAAAGUAUGAGUAUGGACUUAACAAUUUUACUGCUUUAUUGUUUAUGUGUAUAAGCAAUACCAAAAACAAUGGCAAAACGUUACUUUAAAAAUAUAUAUUCUGACAUUGAUGAAAGUGAUUUAAGUACAUAUCACAAAUUUUGGAAAGAUAAAAUAAAUAGCUUAAUACAACGUAUAGAUCAAAAUGCUUCAUCGUCGUCAAAAAACACCUUGUAUACUGGAUCGACUGGUAUUGCAUACAUGUUCUAUCACUUGGCAAUAUCAAACAAAUUUAAAAAUGAUCCCUCAACUUAUUUAAAUAAAGCAAUCAAAGUUCUAAAACUUAAAGAAAACUGUUUUGAUCGAAAAAAAUCAAAUCAAUUUAUUUGUGGUGCUGCUGGAGUAAACGCUGUAAAUGCUGCAAUAUAUCACCAAAUUGGUGAUGAGAAAACUGCAGAAAUGUAUUUAGAAUAUUUUGAGAAUGGGGUGACUAUCUGCAAGCCGAUAGAUUCUUUAAAACCGGGAGAAGAUGAAUUAUUUGUUGGUCGCGCCGGUUAUCUCUAUGGAGUUCUAUGGUUAGAAAAGGUUUUUGGAAGAAAAAUAAUACCUGACCAAGAUGUUCUUGACAUAUGCUUAACAAUAGUAGAAUCUGGUCGUCAAUAUUCAAAAACAAAUAAAAGCUUGUUUCCCCUUAUGUACAGUUAUCACAGCAAAGAAUAUUUAGGAGCAGCUCAUGGUCUAUGUACAAUUCUCCAAGUAUUAAUUUCAUUUCCUUGUUUUAUUAAAAAUGAACAAAAAGCUAUGCAAGAUAUCAAAAAAUGUAUAGAUAUAUUGAUAUCUUUACAAACAUCCACUGGUAAUUUUCCUACUAAAAUUCAGGAAUUAGGAUCAAAACAAAGACCUGAGGAAGAUGAAUUGGUUCAUUGGUGCCAUGGAGCUCCAGGUAUUAUAUACUUAUUAGCUAAAGCAUAUUUGGUUUUUAAAGAACCUUCGUAUUUGGAAUGUUGUUUAAAAUGUGGUGACUUGGUAUGGACAAAAGGACUAUUAAAAAAAGGCCCUGGAUUAUGUCAUGGAAUAGCUGGGAACGGAUAUGUUUUCUUACUAUUAUAUAGGUUGACCGGCGAUAAAAAACAUUUAAACCGAGCUGUACAAUUUGGUAAAUUUAUAUUCACUGAUGAAUGUAUUCAAGGAUCUAGAAGACCAGACAAUUUGUACAGUUUAUAUGAAGGAUUAGCUGGCACAGUGUGUUAUUUAAGUGAUUUAACCCAGCCGGAGAAAGCUAGUUUCCCAUUUUUAGAUGUGUUUUAAUUAUAUCUUUUUUAAUAUCAAACAAAUAUUAAAUGUUUACUUAUGUACAUGUAAUUUAUUUCAAAACAUAUUUUGAUUUUAGGUUAAGUGAAAAGUAACUCAUACUAUAUCAGGAAUGUGUUUUUAUUAUUUUUCUGACAACAUUUUGGUCUAAUACCUAUGUAUAGUAAAUUCAUUAUGUUGAAGUUUAUUUGUUAAAACUCAUUUUUUAGGUCCUUUGUAUAAUUUAUUAAUUUAUAUUUUAGAUUUUUAAAUAUGAUUUUAUCUAAUGUAAAAUAUUAAUAUAUAAAAAUGUUCAAAAAUGAAUAACCAAAGUCGCAUGGUCUAAGAUACAAAAAUACAAAAAUUUAAGUUGUUUAUGAAACUAAAAGUAAUUUAUAGCAAUCAAAAUAGAUUGGUUUCUAUAAAAAUUGACAUGUAUAUAACUGAAUAAAUGACAAAAAAUAAUAAAGAAAUGUUCUUAAUUUUUCUAUCAACUUGCGCUUCAUAAAUUUAGCAUAGUAAUUACAUUAGCAUAAAUGGUCAUGAAGUUAGCCCCCCUACUUUGGACGAUUCACUUUAAACCAGCGCCAAUAAUUAGCAAAUCAAUUGCAAAUUGGUUUUUAGAAUUUACAAAUCAAAAUUGUGAUUUUGUCGAAUUUUUUUGCAAAUUUGGUCAGUCCCCCCAAUUAUUCCGACUAGAUCCAAACCAAAGUCAAUAUUUAGCGAAUGAAUAACAAUUAAAAAAAAAUAAUAAAAAUGUUGAAUAACUUGGAUUAAAAAUAUCAAAUUUACAAUUAUUAUUGGACAAAGUUAUUAUUUGAUAAAAACAUCAGUUUAAUAAAAAAAAAAACAUUUAUAUUUGGUAAAAAAAUUUACAUUCAAUAAAAAAUCUUGAUAUUGAAUUUUUUUAUGAAAAUUUGAUGUAUAAAAAAAUCUAUAUAUGUAUUAAAAUUUGUAUAGAAUAAAAGAAUCUUAAUGGAAUAAAAAAGCCUAGUUGAAUAGAAUAAAUAAAAUAUAAAUUUGAAAUAAAAAAGGUGGGUAAGUGGAUGUCGCUCUGCUGUACAGUAGGUUACAAGUGGGUCACUGUAAUGGAUGGUGUUAAAUUUGAAUUCAAUGAUAUAAUAUUGUUUAAGAA